AAAUAAUAAACAUUAAACCAACGAUAUCUUACUAUCUUAGUCCGCGCAUUAAAUAGUUGACGACGAGAUAGUCUGUGACAAUGUUGUCUAUUUCUUAGCUGUUGCUCGUCACCGAAUAGAAAGUUAAAAUAUUCCGGACUCUGGUUUAGAGGUAUUUUCACGAGUCCAAACGUCUACUGUUCGCUAAUAGAUUUUAUUUGCAUAUAUAUAUAUGCUUUAGCAGAUAGUUUUUAAACCAUACGCAUCAUUAUGGAUGAAAAUAGACACGCUAUCGUACCAAUCCUCGAGGAAACGUUUUACGCGCUGUCCAGGAAGCAGUUAUCGUACAGAGUGUCAUUAACUCCUGUUGGACUGUACCUGACGAAGCGUUGUGAUGACGAUUCUGAGAAGAUUGAUCUCAUAAACAUAAAAGACAUAAUUGGCUGCAAAUCUAUGCAGAAUAGUGCUAAAUCUAACAACUGUGCUUGUAGGCCAACCAAGAACACCGAAAACAUUAACGAAUGCCAAGUACAUAUCCCUUAUACGGAAGAUGCAGACUGCAGCGCCUAUCUGUGUGUUUAUGCAUAUAUAUUGAAAAAUAAAGAUAUGAAAAAUGAAAAACGGGAUAAAAUGACUGUGACUUUGAGGUUUCGAAAUUUCAAUAGUUAUGAUGAAAAUAACAAAGUUGCCACUACAUGGAAAUUAGCGAUCAAAUCACUCCUCAAAGCUAGGUAUGAAGAUGGAACUAUUGUUGCCCCAGCUGAUAAUCAAUACCUAGGUAAGUUUAAUAAAAUAAUGUUGUUAUGAAUUUUUUUUAAUUGUAUAAUACAUUAAUAUCUAGUAUUAGUAACUAUUUGUUCUCAUUAAAUUUUUUUGAAACUUAAAAAUGCUCUUAUAGAUAGGUAGAUAAACAAAUGUUUGUUUAUGUACUUGAACAAAUGAAAACUAAAUGAGAUAUUCUUUAAAUCAAUAAUUUAUUGAUUUAAGGAAAUUUGUAUUGAAAGUAUAUUAUAAUUAAAUGAGUAGGUUAAACAUCUUUAAAACUUAUAAAUUAUAACAGGUAUAAGAGAUGCAUGAUACAAUAUUUUAAUACAGAAAUUGUAACCAACAUAAAAAAACCAAUACUAUUUCUAUUCUUUUUAUGAAAUUUUGAAUAUUUUUCUCUAUAUUUUCUAUUAGUUAUAUAACAAAUAAUCUUUUUUUCUUUCUCAGCUUUUUUACAAACCAGGUUAGACUAUUGUUGGUGCCUCUACUAUUUUUUACAUAAUUUAUCUUCACUAUCUUCUAAUCUUGUUCUUUGGGAGAUCUUGGCAAGAUCUAAUGUAAUUCUGUCAACCCAUCUCUGUCUAGGAUGGUUUUUGUGCCACUUACCUUUCAGUUUUCCAGUAUAAACAUUUAUUUACUAAACCUUCAGGUCUCCAUAUAUGACCAGCCCAUUCUAAUGUUUUGUUCUUCAUAUAUAUAAAAAUAACAAUACAAACUUAUUUACAACUACUGUUUAUAGUUAAUUAAUCAUUACUGAAUUUAUGUUUUAACUAUCAUAUCAACAUUAAAAUAAUAAACAAAAAUAAAAUACUGAAGUAUUGACUAUAAUUUUUUUCUUUCAAAUUAAGAUAAAAUAAUUAUUUAAUUAUCAAAUUGCGUGGGGCAGUGUAUUAUUUAAAACACAUUACAUCUGGUACUAGUAGUCUCCAGAUAGGCUGUCACUGUCACAUUGGUAAUUAACAGUAUUUUAUCAUAAUGCCACUGUCAUGCAUUUUAACUAUUGUUUCUAGUAAUUGUUGGACAAUAGUAAAUAAAGUUUAAAAGCACUAAAAAAAAUAUACCUGUGAGUUAUAAACAAAUUAUAAUAAUAUUUAAUUCAAAUAACUACUGUAUUCACAGAAAAUACAAUUAGUAUAGAAGACAUAAUUUUAAUUAAUGAAUAGAUUAACCUAUUAGUUGAUAAUUUUGAUUUUUGAAUUUUUAUUGUUAUGGCUUUAAAUAUUUUAAAAUAAUGUUACAUGCCUAGCAUAUCUUUAAUGUGUAAAUUACACAAGACAAUAUAUACAUACAUUUACUUGGUUGUCUAUCUUUUUAAGCUAUAGCUUAUGUUGAGAUAGAGUACUCUCUAUCUCAUAGUAAUACAUUGAUUAAAAAUAAAAACAACAAAAAGAAAAAUAUAAGUAUUUUUGAUUAAGACAAAACGAAAACAAAGUUAAAAGACAAUUAAAAGGAUACAAUUUUGAAAUUUAACAAUUGCAAGAAGAAAAAAUACAUCAGUCAUGAAAAACAGUAUUAAAUAUAACUUGAGAAUACAACCUAUGUUACACUAUUUUAUUUGGAUUAUUUUUCGAACAGUGAACAUUCUUUUUUUUUUGUAUAAAUAUGACAUAGAGUUAAAUUAAACAGGCCCUAAAUAAUUAUCAAAUGGUUGCCCAAAAGUUUUACUUUUGUAUUUUACCGGAAUAUUAUAAAGUCUACAUUCCCUUUUACCAUCAUACAAUAACCUGUUUUCAACUUUAAUGUUAGGUAUUCUUAAAAAUUAACAUAAUUUCAACUUUUUUGUAGACAAACUUAAUCAGGAGAACACCCUAAUCACUAUAGUUUUGCCUCAUAUAUCCUUGUAAGGAACAAUUAAAACAAAUUCUUACAAUGUUAUUCUGAUUUUUCUGCAGUUUGUUUAAAAAACUGUCACCUAAUCCUAAUAUUGAAAAAUUAGCUGGUAUAAAGUAAAAUAAAUGACAUGCAUGUUAAUUUAGGUACUAAGUCCCUUAUUUUAUUAAAUUUGUAGGUUUUGGCGCCUAACUUUUCAACUAAAUUAUAAGAAUGAAAAUUCCAUCAUAAAUUAUUUUCAAUAUUAUCAAAUGAUACCUAGUUAGCAAGUCAUUGUUACUUCUUUAAUAUGAGUACAUUUAUUUAAGUAAUAUUAACUUUUCCCAUCAACACAUCUGUGCAGUAUUAUUGGAUUAAGGUUUAAACAAAUUUUAUAUAUUUGAAAAAGUCAUACAAAUUUUUUUUUUAUAAUUAAGCAUUAAAUUUCUAUCACGUAAACACUGGUAAACUUUGUUUACAACAACAGUUGUUUUAUGAUGAACCCCUUCCCAGGACUUAUCAAAAUAAUUAACGAGGUUUCUUAACAUAAGAUACAACUAACCCAUCAAGAUUUAGUUCAUUAAUCAAGUUAAUGUAUAAGAAAAUUAAAAUUGGGGCAGUACACUUAAAGGACACCAUAUUGAAUGAUACCUUCCUAAUCUAUUACAUUAUCAACCCUAACCGUUUAUUUCCUGUUAAAAAUAUAACUUUUAAACCCUGAUAAGCUUACAUUAUCAAUUCCGAAAGUUGGUAAAAUUUGAAGAAAAAAAUUACACGGUUGACUGUAUCAAAGGCCCUAUAAGAUUUUAUUGUCUAAAAAGAUACUAUAAAUAUAUUAAUUUUAAUCAGGGUUCGGGCUAAUAGAACUUAAUAAAAUCAACAAAAAUUGUUAAAAUCGUUUUAAUGAUUAAAUAAAAACCAAUAACAUUUCUAUCAAUACUAAAAUUACUAAAAUUAUAUAUUCCUUUAAAAAAUCUUUUUCAUAUAGUUUAAUACAUAAGUAAAUUAUUUCCUGAUUUGUGUGCACUCUCCUCCCAUGCCCAACAGCGACACACGUAUAUAAGAUAACACAAACAAGUAAAUAAGAGUUGGAUAAUAGCAUAGCUAAAUAUUUAGCCAUAAAAUAUAGUAUUGAAUCGAUUUUAACACUUAAAUUACUAAAGUUACUUAAAACAUUUUAAAUUAAUACUAAAUUGAACAUAUUUCCUAAGAUAAUGUAGUUUUUAUUAAUUAAUUUUCAUUGUUCAUAUUUAACUAAAUAGUACAUUGUUAAAACAGUUUGAAAUAGUUGAAUUAUAAUUUAAUUAAAACAAAUAAAUAAUAAAUACAUAUUGGCCUUACAUUAAAUGUCAGUAAAAUGUGUUGAUGAAUUAGUGAAUUAAAUUAUUUCCAAUUUAUUAAUAUUAAUAAAAAUAUGAUUGCUAACUUUUAAUUUAUGUAUCAUUAGUAAUUAUGGUUUUAUUAGAGUAAUGACAAUUCAAUUGUUAUCAAACAAAUUUAAAACAAAGUAUAUUUGUAUUAGGAAUGUCUAUCAAUUUAUUAUUAAUAAAAUAAUAAAGUAAAAACAAAAUUAUUAAAAUGGUAAAUACUUAUAAAUAAAUAAAGUAAAUAAAUAUAUAAAUAAAAAAUGUAUGUGUGUUAAGUGUAUACUUAUCAUAUACACUCCAGGCGACAAAUUGAUUCAUUUAUUUUAUUUUUAUGUAUAUAUUUAUUUACUUUAUUUAUUUAUUGUUAUUAUUAUUUUUACUACGUUAUUCUUAAUAUCCAUAAAUUAAUUUAGGAUCAUGCUGUAAUAAAAUAGCUUAUUUUAUCAUAAGUAAAUAUUUAUCAAUGGAUCAAUAUGAGUAUGUAUAAGUAUAAUAAUAUUUAUCAUUAUAUUAUAUUAUUUGGUUAGAUAAGUAAUAGAUUCUAUCUAUAUAGUGGCCAAAGAAAAAAACUGUCCCGAUGUAUUAGACAAAAGAAUACAUGUUGUUAUAAUGGUCCUAUACAGACCAUAUGCAUUGAAUUAUUCAUGAACUUUGUAUUAUUUACUACCAUUAUUCAUAUUAUACAUAUAUAUAUAGAAUCUUGUUAUAAAUAAAUUACAGGUAGUUAUACCAUUUUUAAUUGUGCGGAAACUAAACAGUUUUAUUAACUAGGUACUUUAUGAAUUACCUUUUAUUUUCUAUUGCAUUUAUCUAUCAAUUGUUUUGUCUUAACAAAAUUUUAAUAUCUACAUCAUAGUUGUCAUUGAUGUACCUGCAUGAAUAAUGACUAUAAUUUAAAAAAAUAAGUAUGUAUUUUUACGUUUCAGGUAAUCGUUUAUUGGUAAUAGUGAACCCAAAAAGUGGUGUUGGAAAAUCACGUGAAAUAUUUCAACGUAAAAUAGUACCUAUUUUAAAUACGGCUGACGUUGACUACGAUUUGCAUAUUACAUGCAUGCAAAAUGAUGCUAGGUAAAUAGACAUAUAAACAAUUUAUUCUAUGUACGUUUACCCUAAAUUUGACAUAAAUCUAUGUGUAAAUGUGUCCUCUACUCAAUUAAUAUUAAUCCAGGACUUCCUCCUCAACGUUAUUGAUUGUUUUGCAUUUUUUUUUUAUGCUUGACACAUUGAGAUUUAAAUUAAAAUCCAUUUACUUGUUUUAUCAAGUGUUAUAUUUAUUAACGUUUUUAUUCAAAUAAUAUAUUGAUAUGUACAUUUUUUUACAGUUUUUAGAGGGGUUUUAGGGGUCAACUUUUGAAAUUCAAAUUCGAACUUUUAUUUUUUUUUUUUUUUUUUUCAAACAUAAUAUGAAUAUAUUUUUUUAUUAAUUUUAGUGAUUGAAUAACAUUUAUUUAUUUAAAACGCUGCUUGAGAGUGAUUUAAAGGUAUUAGAAAUUACAUCAUUAGCUACUUGUCGGCGUAUUGUUAAAAAAUAUUUUCAUAUUAUGUUUGUAAAAAAAAAGUGUAGAUUUCAAUUUGAAUUUUAUAAGUUGGCCCUGUUAACUCCCUUAAUAGACUUAAAUAAAGAAUCAUUUUAGAUGUUUAUAAAUCAAUAAAUCAAAAAACUUGUAUUGUACAAAUUUGUCUAUUUUGAAUAUUUAUUUGAUAAAAUGGCUGUAACAUAUUUGAAGUACCCGUACAUAAUUGUUUAAAUCCAAUUUUAAUACCAGGGCUUUACCUAACUUGCAAUUCUACACAAAAUAUGCAAUUAUUAACAAUGUUAAUCAUAAGUGCAAAUAUUGUUUAACAUCUGGGGGGGGGAGGAGCUGAUGACUUUUUUCACUCUUAUAUGCUCUUCUUCACACCUUCCAAUAUAUUCAAAUAUAUUAUAUGGUAAAAUCGUUAAUUUUUGAGAUGAUUAUUGUAAUUCUAAGACCCCAGCCCCUCUUAUUUGUGCUUAUGUUAUUAAUUUUAUUUUCAUUGAAAAUUAGAAGAACUAAUAAAAAGCAUUAAAAUCAUAUUAAAUGAUGUGUUUCCUGGAAAUUCAAAUAAAAAUAACCAAUUUGAAAAUAAUGAUGAAGCAAAAAAUUGAAUUUGAAACUGUUUUAAUUUAAUAUGAUUUAAUUAAAUAUGUCAAUAAUAAAUAAUUUGUUUGUGUAAGAAUAAAAGGAAAACAUACAGUAUAGUUGUUGUACCUAAUAUAAUUCAAUUUAAUUUGCAGUAUUAAAUGCGAUAAUGAAAAUAGUAGUGAGUGAAGCAAUCAGAAUAAAAUGUAUACUAAGAACAGAAUGUGUUGUUCUAAAAUUGUUCUAGUGUAAGCUUUAAAUGAUAUUUAUGCAAAAGAACAUGGUAUACUAGGUAACCAGUUAAGUAGGUUAUGAAAUUAAUAACCAAAAUAAUAUUUUUUGUAUUAGCUUUUUUUAUGCACUAGGUAUCUAUUAAACUUAAAUUACAAUAAUAGUUACACGCACAAAAAUACAAUUAAAAAAAAAAAAAACACAUUUCCAACAUGCUCAAUUAUCUUAAAUUAUUCAGUCAUAAACAAAUAAUUUUUUUCUGUAAUAACGAGUGUUCAAAAUUUUGAUAAAUACUGUUUUUGAUUUUUUCAGUGAGUGUAUGAUGUAACUUCUCAAUUACUGUUAAUGUUGCAUGUCAUGGGUACUACGUGCUUUUUUUAUCUUUGAUAAUUGUUAUUUGUUACUUAACAUCGAAGAUAAGUCAAACAUAUAUUUGAAUCUAAUUUGGUUGAAAAUAAUAUUCAAAAUUGUUUAUUAUUUUAUUUGGCUCAUUAAACAUAUUAUUUUAAACAUUUGUUGUUUUUCAACAUGUUAUAAAAAAUGUAGUUUGAAUUACUUAUUUUUUUGUUUAAAAAAAGUGAUUUUGGACAUCAUUAUUACAUAGAGAAAGUCCAUAUGAUUUCCAAUAACAUUUUGUAGAUUUUUUAUAAAUGUUUUAAGUUAAAAUUUAAAUAAAAAAUUGACAUUAAAAACAUGAUGUUUAACAGAACUUCUCUCUGAAUCUCUUUUUUUUUUUAAGUAAUGAUUUAAUUUUACAUGUAUAAAUAAAAUAACUAUAUAUUCUACCUCUUAGCAAAUGUAUUGCCUACAUAUUUGUAGAACCAUGGCACACCCGUCAUGAUUAAUUUAAUGUAGUUUAUAGUAUUAUAUACAUAUAUAUACAAUUAGAAAACUGCUUAAAAAACCAAAAAAACAAAAAAACGUCAUUGUAAAACCAAUAAAUUUCUCGCUACUCUAAAUCUAAAACUUUAUAAUGUAAAAUCAGUACCUAUUUAGGGUCCUAAGAUCCUACAAAAACUGUGUUGCUUAUUACACAAAAUAAACAAUUUUUCUGCCGAUUUCACAAAAUUAGCAAUUUCACACAUUUAGAAUAACAUAUACAAAUUUAAAAACCUAUUUGUAGUCUAUAGCCUGAGUGGUAUUCAACAACUCUUUAGAUUUAGAGCCUUUAAAGUCUGUGCUACUUAAUUGAGUUUUGUCUUGUUAUAAUAAAAAAUUUGAAUAUUAUUUCGAAAAAACGAUAUACUUUCAGUAUAUUAUGUCUAAUGAGAGGAGAGAUUAUUAGUUAGCCAUUGCACUCUCAAUUAGUAAUUUAUUAUUUUGUUGUUUUUCUAUUAUGGACCAAUUAAUUACAGUAACAAAAAUCUACUUACCAAUUAUUUUUAUUUUUUUUUUAUUAAAGUUAUAAACUAUUGUAUAUUCCAUGACCACAAAUGAGUAGUGAUUAAUGUUAAAUUUGCUUAUGAAAGUCAGCGAAGGAGAGAAGAAUCUAUUCAUUGUCCUUCUCUUUAAAUUGUGUUGUUAACAAGGUCGAUGUAAUGUAUAGCCAAAGAAAUACACAUUCAUUAACAUUUAAUUGGGUGUUCUUUAAUUAUUAAAUAAUAAAUAAUGAUUUUUUUUAUUUGUAGUUUCAAUUAGAAAAAUCAAUUGAAGAAAUUUAAAUUAUUUUGUUUCGUUUAACCUUUAAUGAAACCUAAUAUAAUUGGGUUUACACAACGCUCAUUUACUUUGUGGGUGUCUUUUACACAUUAAGAAACAAUGUACAUUUCUGAUAAAACUAGUGUAAUGAAUACCUAUAUUAAAAUUUUUUUUUUUACCCAUUUAAUUCUAUACCUACAAUGAUAAAUAUAUUUUAGUUUCAUUGGAAAAUAUUACAAGGAUUAUUUUGAGUCUAUUUAUUGUUCACUAAUUCAUUAUUUAUGGUCUUACAAUAAAAAUGUAUUUUAAAUUAGAGAUUUGAAUGAUUGUUAUUAUUAGAAUAGUCAUUUUUUGGGUAUUUUUGCUGUGUAUAGUCUUAUUCACAUUUCUGUAUAACAUAUGCAUCUCUACCACAUAUAUUUUAUAUUUAAUUAAAAUACGAAUAAAUACAUAAAAAUGUAGAAAUAAGUUAAAAAUAGUAAACAUCAUUGCAUAAUGCAGAAACUAUAAGCUUUUAGAGAUUUAUAAAAUCUCAUGCCGUUAUCUAAUUAUCUAAUAAUUUAAAUACAAUAUUUUAUUAUUAGUAUUAUUUACUUUGUAUACAAAAUAAUUAUGACUUUAAUUAGAAUAAAAUUUAAUUGUUGGCUCAGAAUAAAUGCGUAGUACAUGACAGAUAUGUGUUAGCCCAGUACAACAAGAAUAUAUUUUUCUGGUUAUUGUUAACAUAUUUUUUGUUUUCCUAAUGUUAAUUAUAAAAAAAGACUGACAUAUUUGGCACGAUAGGUGGACCACUCUUGUAGGUAAGAAGUUGGGAAGGUGGGAUAUAGAGGGUAAUCUAAUGUAUAUCGGUAUGCAUCGAUCCAUUAUUGCUAAUGAAAAAUGAUUCUGAGUGGAAUUCUGUUAUAUAUGUUUUAAAAUGCCACACAUUUUACACAUUUUGUCAAAUAUGAUAUUAAAAUUCUUAUAAAAAAAAAAAUACAAUAAACUCAACAUUUUCUUGUUGGCCACUAAAUACAACUUAUAAUAAACCUCCUGUUAAAUUUUCAAGCAUCUGUUUGGUCAAACAAUUUUAUACACCGAGUACCUACAGAAUAAAAAUGACGUAAAAUACUCUCAAAAUUAAAAUGUGUAUAGCUCAAAAAUGGCCCAAAUUUUUUGAAAAUGUUAGCGCAUUUAAAAAUGACAAUUAUAAGUUUUCUGUCUAAAUUUCAAUUCAUUACAAAUAUUCUUAACUGAAUUACAACAAAAAGCAAAUUUUAAAAUAAAACAUUUCAUAAAUUUUCCAGUUUUCCUUUGUUUUUUCCCAAUUGCAAUAAAAUUUGCUCGGAAAAUGAAAUAAUGACCUUCUUAAAGUACAGAUUAGAUCAAAUUUCCUUUCAGAAAAGGUGCUACACUUGUUAUAUUUGAGCAAAAUAAUUGGUAGAAAUUUUGUACAGUAAAAUAAAAAAGCUAUUUUGCAUGUUGUAAUUAUAGAAUAUAAUAAAUUUUCAAUACCUAAACUUUUAUAGAAUACAAUACUUGUAUGGAAUAUAACUUUUGUAUUUAUAAAUUUAUUUUCAGAAAUCUUAUGCAAAAAAGUGAUAUUUAUAAAUGGGGUCGUGGUGUAAUUGUACUUGGCGGAGAUGGUCUUAUGUUUGAAGUGAUCAAUGGCCUCAUGGAACGGCCUGAUUGGCAAAGAGCUUUUGAAUACCUCACAUUUUCAGUCAUACCUGGUGGCUCUGGCAACGGUAUGGCCAAAUCCAUAAGUUUCGAAACCAAGUAAGCCUAUAAUUUAAUUAUUUCAUUUAAAUAGCACAUUCAAAAUUUAAUCCAAUUAGAGAACAUUUAUAGUGAACCCUACAAUCAGGAUCCAAUUCUCAUAUCGGUGCUGAACGUUGUUAGUGGCAACAGAUGUCCAAUGGACCUGGUCAGAGUGGAAACCCUGACAGAAGUCGUAUUCUCUUUCCUGUCAAUUGGUUGGGGAUUCAUUGCUGAUAUCGACAUAGAGAGUGAAAGACUUAGAAUGUUAGGAAGUCCAAGGUUUACAAUAUGGAGUAUUGCCAAAUUAAUUGGUAAGAUAUCAACGAGUACAAAUAACGUCUAGUGUUAUACUACACCAUAUAAAAUGUGUUAUAGCUUUGAGAAGUUAUCCCGCCCGGUUGUCUUACUGCAAAAUUAACAAUUUGGAAAUCGAAACUAGAAUGAAUAAUUUCACGAUAAGCACAUUUGAUAAUUUCCAUGAGCCCGUCACCACUGAAAACGAGCCAUUGUCAAUUGAGUUUGGAAUGGACCCUGUAAUACAAUUUCAUUUGCGGUUAAAUAAUUUAUUAUUACUUUUUUUGUUUACAGCUAGAAGAAUUUGAUAAGCGUGACCGAAUUGAGAGUUUUUCUUCGAUAAUAUCCAAACGUACUGCAUUUAUGUCAGUUAAUGAAGCAUCAAGUUUUACAUCAAUUCCUGAGCUACUUGAAGAAUCUGAAGUCUGGGUGCGAGGACCAAUAUCUAGACUUCCUCCACUAUCUGAUCCAGUUCCAUCAGAUUGGGAAGUUAUUGAAGGUUGCUCUUGAUAACAUUAAUCAUUCAAUGAAAAUUAAUAAAAAAAAAAAAAUUAAAAAUAAAUGCAAAUGUAUGUAUCAUUUUUACAGAUGAAUUUGUAAUGAUACAUGCUUCAUAUUUAUCUCAUAUCAGUGAAGAUGUAAUACUCGCUCCUAAAUCAAAAUUGAAUGAUGGUGUAAUCUGGCUGUUGAUUAUAAAAAAUGGUAUAUCAAGAACUACUCUUCUACAAGUGAAUACAUCUUUUGAAACUUAAUAUAACAUAAAAUGUCACAAAAAAUAAUGCAUAUACAUAUGGACAUGCAGUUUUUAAUGUGAUUAUAAUACUAAUAUUAUAUAAAUAUAUAUAUUAUAUAUAUUCUUCCUAAAAUUUCCUCUUUAGCAUUUAAUGUUAAAGUGAUAGAACCUAAGGACUGCGCCUACUUAUGGCAUCAUUUGAUCCUAAGGACUUUUUUUUUUUUGUAUGUUACUGUGUAAGCUGGGUUAACAGUACCUUGGUUGUGCUAAUUAGAUCUACUUACCUUUAAGUUGUUAACUUAUAAUUUAGCUUAUGCAAGAAGGAUACUACCAUCCAUUAAUAUAAUAAAAACUUAACAAUAAUCGAAUAAUUUACUUGUUUCAGUUUUUGUUGGGCCUGUCAUCUGGUAACCAUUUAACAGUUCCUAAUGUUGAAAUGAUUCCCGUAAAAGCGUUUCGCCUUGAACCAUUGUCGCAAGGCAGCCACCUUGUUGUUGAUGGGGAAUUGUUAAAGCACAGUCCUCUACAAGCAGAAAUCAUACCGGGGAUCACAAAUGUAUAUGCCCGACGAAAAUUUUCCUGAUCUUUUCCAAUUUUUAAUUAAUGUUGUUGUAAGAGUUAAAUACAUUUUUUUUUUUAAAUUAGCUACUAUCUUAAUUAUACAUAUCAUUUAUGUCAUUGUUGUUACCUCUUCUCUAAAAGGGUUUAUUAUAUUAUUUAAAUGUUUAUUUGUCUUCUACGUUACCAUGUUAUUUACUCAAGAAUUCUGGGACCAAUAUUAGAUGAAUAGGUUGUUGAAUGUUAUAUAAAUAAAUAAAUAAUAUUUAAGAUGUUUGAAAAUAUAAUUAACAGUUAAUAAAACCAUUUUUUACAUUUGGGGUUUUCUUUGCUCAAUAAUAUUGAUUGUAAUUUAAUUAUAAUCAAGGAUGGAAU